GCAGAAGUUCAAUGUGAACGCAUCUGUUGUAGCGACAACAAUCCGGGGCUUGGAGGAAGGUCGUAUUUACACUUUAAUUUUUGAGGAAGUAAAUUCAGAAUAUCAAAGCGGAACUCGACGAUAAUUAAGUUCCCAUAGAUUGAAGAUGCUGUCUGGAGGGCAUGGAGAAGAAAAUCCCAAUUCAUCUUGGCACAGCAGUCGAGGUGCAUGGUUGUCGUACCUCGCAGGAGUCCUAGCACUUCAUGUCUUCCUUCUCUCUAUUCCCUUUAUAUCUGUACCAACAGCAUGGACUCUAACAAAUGUAAUUCAUAACUUGGCCAACUACUUGUUCCUGCAUCAGAUUAAAGGUACACCAUGGCAAUUAUCUGAUCAGGGAAAAGCUCGUCUUAUGACUGCUUGGGAACAAAUUGAUUAUGGACAACAGUACACAACAACUAGGAAAUUCAUCACAAUAGUUCCUAUUGUUUUGUUUAUACUGACCAGCUUCUACACAAAAUAUGACUUCAACCAUUUUGCUAUCAACUUAGCAACCCUCCUCCUCGUACUUAUACCGAAAUUGCCACAGUUCCAUAUGGUGAGGUUGUUUGGAAUCAACAAAUAUUAAUAACAGAACCUUGACAUUCCAUGUGUAUCUUAUUAGGUCCACACUAAUGAACGCACAUACUCACAUACAUACACACACACACACACAAACACAGCUUGGUUGAUGAUUUUCAUUUAUAAUUGCUUUGUAUCAUUCAGCCAUCUUGUCUUGGCAGCGGUAACUAUAAGUAGCAAGUAUACUAUAGCUUUUCAAACCAUGACCUUUUGGAGGUACACUGGGUACAAUAUAUAGUACAGUACUUUAUGUUAAAGGUUUUAUGGGUUUGUGUAACUUCAGUCAGGUUUGUUUUAACUGUUUUUUUAUGUAUUUUUGUUGAAGUGAUUGAUUUGUUGCAUAUAUUCUAAUUCAGAGCUAUAUUCUUUUAGGGUUUUAAAGACUAAUAUUUCACAGUUUUCUCCUUUGGGUAACAUGACAGUUUUUAUUGAGUACCUCUUUACUCCUUACACUUAAGUUGGACUAAAU